CGCGUCCGCGCCUGCGCACAAGAGAACCUGUGGACUGCAUUUCCCAGAAACCCCUUGGGUAGUGUUGCCUGGACCCCGAAGGCAGUUUCCGUUGCUUUACUAACGGUUCAGCCGCCUGGGUGCGUUCUUCACAGACAAGAAGUCGGAGCUAGAAUGAUCCUGAAAAGAAGGGAGCAAUUGUUGUAGCAGGUCUAAAAGUUCAGAUCCAGGCUACAGGUGCCAUUCACCUGGCUUGUGUAUUCAAAGAAAAAUCUUAAUAGUGAAAAGGUCUUGUUGAAUUGAAGAAGAAUGUUCAAGAACUGCCCCAGCUUCUCUGGAUUCUGUGCUUCUCUGGAGGAAGCCCAAGGAGAACUGACAAGUUCUUGUGGUGCUAAAACCAUGGCCCAUGUAUCCUUGGCAUUCAGGGAUGUGUCCAUAGACCUCUCCCAAGAGGAGUGGGAGUGCCUGGACCCUGCGCAGAGGGACUUGUACAAGGAUGUGAUGUUCGAGAACUACAGCAACCUGGUCUCACUGGGAUAUACCAUUCCUAAGCCAGAUGUGAUUACUUUAUUGGAGCAAGAGAAAGAGCCCUGGAUAGUAAUGAGGGAAGGGACAAGGAGUUGGUGCACAGAUUUGGAGUACAAGUAUAUCACUAAGAAUUUACUUCCAGAAAAGAAUGUUUGCAAAAUAUAUUUAUCUCAAUUGCAGACAGGGGAAAAAAGUAAAAACACCAUCCAUGAGGACACCAUGAGAAAUGGUUUGCAGUACAAACAUGAAUUUGAGAGACAAGAGGGACAUCAGAUGGAAUGCAUUAGUCAAAUGAUAAUCCAAAAACAAAUAUCUCAUCCUCUGUAUCCGAAAAUUCAUGCUAGAGAGAAACCAUAUGAAUGUAAGGAAUGUAGGAAGGCCUUUAGACAACAGUCAUACCUUAUUCAACAUCUGAGAAUUCACACUGGUGAGAGACCCUAUAAAUGCAUGGAAUGUGGAAAGGCUUUUUGUCGAGUGGGAGACCUUAGAGUACAUCAGACAAUCCAUGCUGGGGAGAAACCCUAUGAAUGUAAAGAAUGUGGGAAGGCCUUUAGACUUCAUUACCACCUUACUGAACAUCAGAGGAUACAUUCUGGUUUGAAACCCUAUGAGUGUAAGGAAUGUGGAAAGGCCUUUAGUCGGGUUAGAGAUCUCAGAGUACAUCAGACAAUUCAUGCUGGGGAGAGACCUUAUGAAUGUAAAGAAUGUGGGAAGGCCUUUAGACUUCAUUAUCAGCUAACUGAACAUCAGAGAAUUCACACCGGUGAGAGGCCUUAUGAAUGUAAGGUUUGUGGGAAGACCUUUAGGGUACAACGACAUAUUAGUCAACAUCAGAAAAUUCAUACUGGUGUCAAACCCUAUAAAUGUAAUGAAUGUGGGAAAGCCUUUAGUCAUGGCUCAUACCUUGUUCAACAUCAGAAAAUUCAUACUGGUGAUAAACCCUAUGAAUGUAAAGAAUGUGGUAAGUCCUUUAGUUUUCAUGCAGAACUUGCUCGACAUCAUAGAAUUCAUACUGGUGAGAAACCCUAUGAAUGUAAAGAAUGUGGAAAAGCCUUUCGUCUUCAAACAGAACUUACUCGGCAUCAUAGAACUCAUACUGGUGAAAAACCCUAUGAAUGUAAGGAAUGUGGGAAGGCCUUUAUUUGUGGCUAUCGACUUACUUUACAUCUGAGAACUCACACUGGUGAGAUUCCUUAUGAAUGUAAGGAAUGUAGGAAAACCUUCAGUAGUCACUAUCAUCUUACUCAACACUACAGAAUUCAUACCGGUGAGAAACCCUACAUAUGUAAUGAAUGUGGAAAAGCCUUUCGUCUUCAGGUGGAACUUACCCGACAUCACAGAAUUCAUACAUGUGAGAAACCCUAUAAAUGUAAGGAAUGUGGGAAGGCUUUUAUUCGUAGCAAUCAAUUUAUUUCACACCAGCAAAUUCACACCAGCGAGAGCACCUUUGUAUGUAAAGAAUGUGGGAAAAUUUUUGGUCGUCGCUAUAAUCUUACUCAACAUUAUAAAAUUCAUACUGGUGAGAAACCCUAUAUAUGUAAUGAAUGUGAGAAAGCCUUUCGAUUUCAAACAGAACUUACUCAGCAUCACAGAAUUCAUACUGGUGAAAAACCCUAUAAAUGUAUGGAAUGUGGGAAGGCCUUUAUUCGUAGCACUCAUCUCACGCAACAUCACAGAAUUCAUACUGGCGAGAAACCCUACAAAUGUAAGGAAUGUGGGAAGAUGUUUAGUCGUCACUAUCAUCUUACUCAACAUCACAGAGGCCAUACUGGUGAGAAGCCCUACAUAUGUAAUGAAUGUGGGAAUGCUUUUAUUUGCAGUUAUCGACUUACAUUACAUCAAAGAAUUCACACUGGUGAGAUACCAUAUGAGUGUAAGGAAUGUGGAAAGACCUUUAGUCGCCGGUAUCAUCUUACUCAACAUCUUAGACUUCAUACUGGUGAGAAACCUUACAGCUGUAAAGAAUGUGGGAAUGCCUUUCGUCUUCAAGCAGAACUUACUCGACAUCACAUAGUUCACACGGGUGAGAAACCCUAUAAGUGUAAAGAAUGUGGGAAGGCUUUCAGUGUUAAUUCUGAACUUACUCGACAUCACAGAAUUCAUACUGGUGAAAAACCCUAUAAAUGUAAAGAAUGUGGAAAAGCCUUUAUUCGUAGUGAUCAACUUACUUUACAUCAGAGAAAUCAUAUUAGUAAGGAAGCCCAAUGCGUAAUGUAAAGAGAAUACGAUGGCCUUAAAAUGCCCCUUACAACAGCAGAGAAUUUAUAAGAAAUUUUCUGUUUGCUAGGGAACGUGGGAAUCCCUUUUACUUCAUGCUCACAAUUUAUUAGAAAUGGUUUAAUAUGUUGAUUUAAAGAGUUGAGAAGCUAUAGCAUCACUCAGUCCCUGUUAGAAUUUAGAAGAUUGUUACUGAUGCACUGCAUCCCAAACCAUCAAGAACUUUUUCCCCUGCAAACUGUUCUUGAACAGUGCUUCUCUAAAAUGCAAUAAUAAUGGGCCAGGUGAAGCGGCUCACACCUGUAAUCCCAGCACUUUGGAAGGACAGGAGUUUGAAACCAGCCUGGGCAACAUAGUGAGACCCUGCCUCUACAAAAAAAAAUUUUUUUUAAUUAGCCAGGUGUAGUGGCACACACCUGUAGUCUUUGCUACUCAGGAGGCUGAGGCAGAAGGAUCAGUUGAGCCAAGGAGUUUGAGGCUUUAGUGAGCCAUGAUUGUGCCACUGCACUUCAGCUUGGUGACAGAGUGAGAUCCUGUCUCUAAAUAAACAAAUGUGGGCCAGGCACAGUGGCUCAUACCUGUAAUCCCAGCACUUUGGGAGGCCCAAGUGGGUAGAUGAGGUCAGGAGUUAAAGACCAGCCUGGACAACACGGUGAAACUCAGUCUCUACUAAAAUAAACAAAUUAUCUGGGCGUGGUGGCAGGUGCCUAUAAUUGCAACUAUUCGAGAGGCUGAGGCAGGAGAAUUGCUUGAACCUAGGUGGCAGAGGGUGCAGUGAGCCAAAUAAAUAAAUAGCAAUAAUAUUAGAUUGCCAGAAAAAUGAAAAGAAAAAAGCAGACAUACAAAAUAAAAGCUCCAGUUUUUUAUUAUGGUGUUUAACCAAGUUAACUCUGUCAGAUUGCUAUGAACAUUUCCAAAUACUUGCUUCAAUAUGUAUAACUUUUGCAGAAACCAGAAGCAAACAAUUUGUGGACCAGUGCCAACACAUGGACCACAUUUUAUAUAGCAUUGUAAGAGAAAAUGAUUCUGUUAAUUUGAUGAACAUGGGAGAGACCAGCCUUGGCAUAUCUUUAUGAUGUAUAUAUAAAUAAUUCUCGUAAUUCCACCUCUGCCUAUAUGGUGUUUGGCAAAACAUGUCCCUGUGCCUUGGUUUUUAAAAUGAUGAUAAUAGUACCACCUAAUAGUAUUUUUGUGAAGAUGAAAUGUGAAUAAAAGAUAAAAACCUUUAAAAGAGUAUUUGGCA